GAAGCAACCUCUCGCUUGGAGGUUAAGAUGGCGGCGUACAGCGCGUGAGGAGGACACCGGCGGCGGCGGGUCAGAGCGCGGAGAAGAUGUUUAAAACGCCGUGUAGCCGCGCAGCAGGUCUGAUUGGUGCCACCGUGAACUCAACACUUUUAAUAAAAGCGCCCACAAAUCAGCGGAGUGUCCGGACACUGGUGCAGCUCUGCAGGAGCGAUCCAGCACCAUGGAUCACCUUCCAACACCUGCACUUCCUCAAGCGACAGUAUGUGAAGGUGAGCGGUGUUCUGUGCCAGCGAGCCAGGCCGAAGCAAGAUCUGGAGGAAAAAGAUGACGUGGUUCUCGUGCAGAUUCAGGAGAUCCCUGACCUUAAGCCUGUGCCUGAUGCUGCGGUCCAGAGCACUGACGACGAACCAGAGGCGGUCAGACAGGCUCGCAUAGAGGCCCGGCAGUGGAAGGAACUGCACACGAACUACUCAGACUUACCGGGGAUCUAUGCUCGGCUCUCUAAAAUUAGACUUACAGGCCUCGUGGUCACGACAGCGGCGGCGGGAUACGCCAUGGCUCCAGUGCCUUUUGACCCCUUCACUUUCGUUCUGGCCACAGUUGGGACAGGUCUCUCUUCAUGUAUGGCCAAUUCUAUUAACCAGUACUUCGAAGUUCCCUUUGAUUCCAACAUGAACCGAACGAAAAACAGGCCGUUAGUCCGAGGACAAAUAAGCCCGCUUCAUGCCGUAUCGUUCGCUCUGGCCUGUGGGAUUCCCGGCGUGACCUUGUUAACCCUGGCUGUGAAUCCUCUAACAGGGUUCCUUGGGGCCCUAAACAUCUUACUGUACACGUGCUGUUACACGCCGCUGAAGCGUCUCAGCAUCACCAACACGUGGGUGGGCUCGGUGGUGGGGGCAAUUCCUCCAGUCAUGGGCUGGACCGCUGCUACAGGCGCUCUUGAUCCAGGCGCUCUGCUGCUGGGGGCGUUCCUCUACUCGUGGCAGUUCCCUCACUUCAACGCUCUGAGCUGGAACCUCCGAGAGGACUACUCGCGCGGCGGCUACCGCAUGAUGUCAGUCACCCACCCGGCACUGUGUAAGCGGGUGGCGCUGCGCCACAGCGUGGCCCUGAUCGGCCUCUCCGCGCUUGGCCCCGUGCUGGACGUCACCACCUGGACGUUCCCGCUCGUCUCUCUGCCCAUCAACCUCUACAUCAGCUACCUGGCCUUCCGCUUCUAUCAGCGUGGCGAGCGCCAGAGCGCCCGCAAGCUCUUUUUCUGUAGCCUUUGGCACCUGCCCAUGCUGCUCCUUCUCGCCCUCACCUGCAAAAAGAGACUCCCGGCUGAGGAGGCGGCGCCAAGCGGGUCCACUAACGCAACUGUCGCAUUACACACUGCUUCUACCUUAUAAACCACUUUAUUUUGUUUUUUCAUCCGCAGCUCGUAUUGAUCAGAAGGAAAAGUCUGAUCUGACUAUACAGUUAAAGAUAACAUUUCUGGACUCCCUCAGGGCUUUAGUACAUGAAAAGAUUGUGUAAAUAUGUUAAAUAUUUAAUGAAAUAUCCAUCCAAAGCCAGGAUCGUUGACUCGCUCAGUGAGUCACGUAUGAAUUAUAGGAUAUUAGAUUAGAAGAUCUGGAUCUCGAAUGCUUCAGAGAAUGUAAUGAUACAUUAUCCUUAGCUGCAGCUCGAGUGUAAAGCCAAAAAUUUCAGAUUUUAUACUGUAACUCGAUUGCUAAGGGAACCACCUGCUCAGUUGUGCUCUACGCUUUGACUAGACUCUGUUUCAAGAACAUGCUGCUGGUGCUGGGAACUCUUAAAUAACCGAGCCAAAUGUCCUUCAGCGUCAUUACACAGCACGGUGAUGUCAUUGAUGUUUAGUUUGCCUAAUACUAUGUAAUAUAUUUUCAUCCCAUUACAAUGUUCAUGGCAUGGUGCAAAUCACAAUCAUGCAUAUAAAAUAAGAAAGUGUCUGUCUGUCGUACACUUAGCUGGCCCCAAGCAUUAGAGACUUGAUUCCUUCAAUCUGAAUGGCUGUCCACACUCCCUCUAUGAGACAGCUUAGUAAAAUAAAUAAAUAAAAUAAUAUAAAUACAAGUUUUUGGGUAAGUACCACACUCGAGAACGGGAAUGAUCACUUUGGCUUUCCUGCUGUCACACAUACUGUACCAUCUACGUCUGACCUCACUGUAUAAAUAAAUAAAUAACCUGCGUGUGAGAUGUUGAAGAACAUGUGUUUUUGAAAAUAAAAGAAUUUUUAAUUCA